AUGGCAGCCACCUCAAUAUUCUUUCACCAGAUGAAUGAAAUGGUUUGGUCGUCUGAAAAGAACCGUUAUACAUCCAAGCCGAGAUACAAGGGUGGUUUAUUGACUGUACGUUUACCUUGCCGUUUUAUAAACGCUUUAUCUGACAACAACCCCAAGGCUACUGUAGUGACAUUUACACGUGGCAAAGUACGCGUCGUCCAAGCAACUAUCAGACCGUCGGAAAAACAUCCAACCCUCGACCUUAACCUAAGAGCUAAAUACACUCUCACAAAGGCAGGGUACGACCAAAAUGUCGCCUUUGACGUUCUGAAAUGGAUUCUCGAUCCACCACAGGCAGAGCUUGAGACGGAGCCCUAG